AUCCUGUUGGGCGGAAUGACACCUCUGUAUUUCCAUAUGGUCAAUGUGUGUUUCCACUGUGCUGUAACCUGCCUGCUCAUGCACACAUGUAAAAGCUGUGUGUUUGAAGACUCGCGUUUGGCUUUCAUCACAGCACUCCUCUUUGCUGUGCACCCUGUCCACACUGAAGCCGUUUCUGGUGUUGUGGGCAGGGCUGAUGUUUUGGCCUGUCUGCUGUUCUUGCUGACUUUUCUUUCCUAUGUUAGAAGUGUGGGUGUGUGUGUCUCAGAGGAUUCUCUGCCCUCCACCAUGUCGGCAUGUUCUCUGAUUGUCAGUUUGUUGCUGGGGACUUGCGCCAUGCUGAUCAAGGAGACAGGCAUCACAGUGUUUGGAGUGUGCGUGCUCUAUGAUGCCCUGGUCCUCUGCUGCAAGCCUCUUAUUAAUCACCUGUAUAGCUCCAGACCAGGCAACCUCCUUUACAUCUGCAGCCCCUUCGUCAAAAGAGCCUGCCUUAUCUCUGGAUAUGUGGUGCUCAUCAUGUCAGUCAGGCUGUGGCUGAUGGGAGGAUCCAUGCCUCUCUUCUCUGAACAGGACAACCCCGCCUCCUUCUCCCCUCACAUGCUUACCAGGAUUUUGACCUACUCUUACCUGCUGUCAUUUAAUGCUGGGUUGCUGCUUGCCCCCAUCAUGCUUUGUUACGACUGGCAGGUGGGGAGCAUUCCCCUGGUGGAGUCAUUGAGUGACUUUCGCAACGUGGCUGCCAUGCUGCUGGCCAUUGUAAUAGUUGCACUUUGCCUGCACUGCGUCUUCUCACUGCAGAGACAAGAGAGCAGGGAGGUGUUGGUUGGAGUGUUGUUUCUGGUGUUUCCAUUCAUUCCUGCCAGUAACCUUUUCUUCAGGGUUGGAUUUGUUGUGGCUGAAAGGGUUCUCUACAUGCCGAGUAUGGGUUACUGUAUCUUAGUGGCUCAUGGCAUGGGUCGGUUGUGUGCAGUGGUAGGCCGCUGGGGCACCACAGUCCUCAGUGUCUCCAUGCUGUUGCUCCUACUUCUCUUCUCCUGGAAGACCAUCCAGCAGAACCAUGUCUGGCUAACCAGGGAGGCCCUUUUCCAGUCUGGUAUCCAGACUCUGCCUCACAAUGCCAAAGCCCACUACAACUACGCCAACUUCCUGAAAGACAGUGGCCGACACGAGGAGGCCAUUCACCACUACACCACUGCCCUCAGGUUAUAUCCUCGUCAUGCCAGUGCCAUGAACAAUCUUGGCACUCUGACACAAUGCCCAGAGGAGGCCGAGCACUUCUAUAGGAAAGCACUGGAUACCAACCCUCAACAUAACCGCGCUCUCUUUAACCUGGCCAACCUCCUCAAGUACCAGGGGAAGGCAAAAGAGGCUGAGGCUCUGCUGAUGGACUCCAUACACUUCGGUGCCCAUUUUGCUGAUGCUUACUCCUGUCUGGCAUCACUUUAUGCUGAACAGAAACUCUUUCCUGAAGCCAAUGAAGUGUAUCUGAAAGGCAUACAGAACUGUCCAGACAAUUCUGACCUGCAUAAUAAUUAUGGUGUGUUCCUGGUAGAUACAGGAAAAGGAGCGCUAGCAGCAGCUCACUACUUGCAAGCAGUUCAACUUAAACCAGCACACUAUGUUGCCAUGGUAAACCUGGGCCGCCUUCUCAGAUCAUCCAAUGAGAAUGAAGCAGCGGAGUCUUGGUACAAGAGGGCGCUGCAGAUAACAAGGAAGGUGGACAUCCUGACACCGCUUGGAGCACUGUACUACAACACAGGCCGAUUUGAAGAGGCUCUGCUGGUGUAUAGAGAGGCUGCAGCCCUGCAGCCAGACAACACAGACAUUUGGCUGUCUCUGGCUCAGGUUUUAGUUAUGGUCAGCCACACCAUAGAAGCAGAGAAGAUAACCUUGGACAUCAUAUCCAGAGAAGGCAGCUGUAUUGAAUGUUACAGACUACUGUCUGCCAUCUACAGCAAGCAUGGCAACUUUACAGAGGCCCUGGAUGCUCUGGAUAGGGCCCUGCAGCAGAAUCCCAGUGAUCUGACAGUAAGAGCAGAGCUGUAUUUCUCCAAAGGAAACCAGCUCCGAGAGAUGAACCAGCUGGACCGGGCCUUUGAGAGCUACAAACUAGCGGUUGAACUCAAACCUGAUAGAUCCCAGGCCUGGAUGAAUAUGGGAGGGAUUCAACACAUUAAGGGAGAUUAUGCAGCAGCCAGGAUCUACUACCAGCGAGCCCUGCUUUUGAACCCUGGUUUCAAAGUUCUGACGGAAAACUUGGCCAAGCUGGACCGGCUAGAAAGGAAAAGGACAGUCGAGGCAUAGACCACCACAUUCUGGAAGAUUCUGCAUCAUCAUGGGUAUAGAUCAAGGGAGGAAGACACUGCCCACACUUCUGGAGCCAGUCUGGACAAAAUAGACUAGGAUUGGAUGGACUUGUUUGGACUUUAGGGUGUUUGGUGUGUAAGGAGAUGGGUCAUGCCGCAGUCCAGAAACCUUUUGCUUCAUGUGUUUCAGGAAGGGAAUGAAAUUCAUUCCUCACCUGUCUUCAUUAUUCACCUGCCUCAGGCACCUUCAUCUCAGGUGGCUGAGGCAGUUUUUCUCCUGAGAGGGGUAUAGAGAGAGUGAAACUCAAAAUUAUCGGAGGUGUAACUGUUGAAAGCCAAGUAAAUGGACCAUAAAGUUUGGAUCAUUGUGAAAUUGUGCAAUGGUUUUGGAAUGGUUUGACAUAAGAUUAAUUUAAGUCUAUUUGAUCUUGCAGAACUGGUAGUGAC